UUAUUUCUUUGUUUCGCACGAGUUAAGUGUACUUAAGUGGAGCUCCGGGAGCGCAAUCUAACUACGGUCUUGGUAGAUUGGUGUUUCAGUUGAGAGUUGAGAGAAGUGUGAAGAAAGGACUUGCUGGUGCGUUGUUAUAGGAUAUCCGGACCGACCGACCGGAAGCUAUUUAGCUAUUUAGUGUGAUUGACCUGUUGUUGUUUUAUUCGCGGAGCGGAUCAGGCGCAAGUGCGGCUACCUACGUGUGGAUUAUUACAGCACACCGAAAGAACGGAAAAACCCCCAAGGUUCUCCGAAAAUCGAAAGAAAUCAGGAAUACCUACUGAAGCAGAAUCGGUAGUGCGGUGUGUGCAGGCAGGAAGCAAGCAAUCCAAAAGAAUCAACAAAAUGUCUGAAGCGGUCGAAGUCGAGCAAAUCAUCGAAACCAAGCCAAGAAAGAUGGCCCUCCCCACCUCCCUGGACAAGGAUUCGAUUCGGGAAGCGUACGAGGACGUCCGGUCCAACCUGACCGACAACGAGUGGGCGGUGUUCAAAUUUGACGGUCUCAAAAUCGUCUGCUCGGAGAAGGGUAUGGGUUUCGACGAGUUUUGCGCCCAGUUCGCGGACAACGAACGGGCCUUCGGCUACAUUCGGAUACAGAUGGGCGACGAGAUGUCCAAGCGCAGCAAGUUCAUGUUCGUCACCUGGAUCGGACCCGAGGUCGGAGUGAUGCAGCGGGCCAAAAUGUCUACCGAUAAGUCGAUUAUUAAGGAUGUGAUCAAUAACUUUGCCGUGGAACUACAGGUGGAAUCGAGCAACGAUCUAGACCUAAUGAUGUUCAAAGAACACCUGAACAAAGCCGGCGGAGCAAACUACGGAACCGGCAUUCGCGAACUGUAGAGAACCGCUUGUUUAGGAUUAUCAACCCUCAACCUUCCCCCUAUUCUUUGUCCUGUGAAAUUCUGCAACGAAACAAUCACACACACUCCCACUAAAACUAGAAGUAAGAACAGUUGCAGAAGUGGUCUUAACCGCCCCUUCCCUAUCCCCUCAUUCCUAUUUA